AUGACUAACACAGCUUCACCGACACCCACUACGCGUCAGAGUAUUGCUACGGAUGAAUGGAAUCGCAGAGUGAAUGUAUGGGACGACAUCGAACUAUUACAAAACCUUGAUAGAACGGAUCCACCGCCCCCCUUUUCAUCAGCGAUACCAAAUGUUCAGGUGCACCAAGCUCCAGCUCCGGCUCAUGAAAUGAGACAUGUGCCGAGCAGCCCACCACCCGCCUUUGAAAGUGACAGUGAACCAGCGCCAGAACCAGCAGAGAACGACGAAGACAACUCCAAUCCAUCCGGAGAUGAAUCCCCUGAGUUGUUAGACCCUGCAGUGUAUCGCGAGCGUGAUGCAUGGGAGCGCGAUCGACUUUUAGGGUAUUCAUUGGAGGAGCGAGUACUGCGUAUGGAACGCCGUAAACAAGCCAGUGAAUUGAGCGAAACAAACAUGAACUCUCUGCGUCGUCGUUGGGAGACGGUGCCACGCGAUCCUUCGUCUACUCUCCAGGCUGUUACAGCACCAGCUCCUCAAUUUGUGGAUACCCUAGGUUCAGAGCCUGAUCCUGUGGACGACUCGUCCAGUGAAGACGAAGGACCACGUCCUGAUGAAGACAACUCGGAUAAUGAGUGGGAGUCGGAGCACAAUGCGCUGGAAGCACUGUACCAGUAUGAGGCGGACAUGCGGAGAACACUUUCGCAUGACCGCGUGAAUGCGCGCCGUACCUCGCGCCACGUUCCCCUUUCUCUCCAGCCUGGUGCGCUAGCUCGAGAAUCAAGGCAGGAAGUCAGGGAGACAAUACCCGGGAGCUUUCCACAAGAAGAGACAAAUGAGACGCUCGCUUCCGCGAACCAAGCGUCUACCGUGUCCACUUCCUCGGAAGAGCCACUUCCGGUCCCUCAAGAAGCAGUGUCGCCCCAGAACACCACGGGCACGAGUGAUUUGAACUCGCCGGUGUCUCUUUCCAAUUCUGUACUGGAUCGCCCACUACCUCCGCCGCCGCCUUCGCGCGUAUCUCUAAUUCGCGCUGCCUACGAUCAACUCUACAUGCUUCGUCGAGACCAGCGCGUGUAUCACCAGUUUGACUCGGACAUUGCUGAAUUGGAAAAUUAUCUGUCUCGGUAUGAGCCUUUACAUGAUGGAACAGAAUCAUCAAAUCCCACACUCACCCACUUUGGUGGUGCCUUUACGAACCCGCGGUCCUCGGAGGCACCUCGGCCUACCCGGGCCCACUUGCCAGCCAUCACGGAUGCCACCAGACACUUUCCGCCCGCUGGCUCGGGCCCACCGGUCGCCAGGCCUCCCCUGCCUCCGCGCCGGGGAGCCCCCACUAUUCAAGCGUCAACAAAUACUCUCUCUUUCCAACAAGAAACGCCCAGAAUUGCCUCGGAAGAAGACAGGCCUCAGGAGCAAGGCUCGGCUUCUGCGCAUCCUACCAUGAACCCGUUCGCAGCGGCGGAGGGUCCGGCGGAGUUGGUACCUGCUCCUGCCUUGCAGAACCCGUUUUUGCAGGAGACGCUCGUCACAGAUUCUCUUGCACCAGCGGCUCCGCCCGAACCUUUGGAAGAAUCUGCGGAGGCUCCGACUGAGCAAGUUCCAGCUCAGGCUGUCGCCGACGAGGAGAUCACUGACUUGGACUUUGCUGUAGCGCAUCUCGACGAUCCAGAGAUGCGGUAUGAAUGGGCAUCACUGAUCAGCGACUACCUGGGUCCAGCGCGUGAGCAAACGCAACUCUCCUUACAAGAACUGCAGCAUAUUUCGGUGGGUCGCGUAGAGGUGGAAAGUCGGCGUGUCACCUCCGCUGGUCGUGUGCGCGUGCGAUUAACUUCCACGAUCGGUGCACGAUCGACUUCCUGCGUCAUUCGCGUCUUUGCCCGAUAUGUCGCCAGGACGUGA